AUGGAUAAAUAUGAUGUGAUUAAAGCCAUCGGGGAAGGUGCCUUUGGGAAAGCAUACUUGGCUAAAGGGAAAUUAGACAGCAAGCAGUGUGUUAUAAAAGAGAUCAAUUUCGCAAAGAUGCCCAUUCGGGAAAAAGAAGCUUCACAGAAAGAAGUCAUUCUUCUGGCAAAGAUGAAACAUCCCAACAUUGUAACUUUCUUUGAUUCAUUUCAAGAGAGCAGCAGCCUGUAUAUUGUAAUGGAAUAUUGUGAUGGAGGGGAUCUCAUGAGAAGGAUCAAUAGACAACGAGGAGUAUUAUUUAGUGAAGAUCAGAUCUUGAGUUGGUUUGUACAGAUUUCUCUAGGACUAAAACAUAUUCAUGACAGGAAGGUAUUACACAGGGACAUAAAAGCUCAGAACAUUUUUCUUAGCAAGAAUGGAAUGGUUGCAAAGCUUGGGGACUUUGGUAUAGCAAAAGUCCUGAAUAAUACCAUGGAACUUGCUCGAACUUGUGUUGGAACACCUUACUACUUGUCCCCCGAGAUCUGUCAGAAUAAACCCUACAACAAUAAAACGGAUAUUUGGUCUCUUGGCUGUGUCUUGUAUGAACUCUGCACACUUAAGCAUCCUUUUGAGGCUAACAAUUUACACCAGCUGGUCCUGAAGAUUUGCCAAGCACAUUUUACCCCAAUAUCUCCAAGGUUUUCUCAAGAUCUUCGAUCCUUGAUAUCCCAGCUCUUUAAAGUAUCUCCUCGAGAGCGACCAUCUAUUAAUUCCAUUUUGAAAAGGCCCUUUUUAGAGAAUCUUAUUGCCAAAUAUUUGACUCCUGAGGUCAUUCAGGAAGAAUUCAGCCACACACUUGUACACAGAGCAAGAUCAUCAGCUUCACAAUCUACUGGGAAGGUGGUCCAGGAUUCUAAAAUACCGAAAGUGAGAUCCCAGGGAAAGUGCCUACCAAGAUCAAGGAUAUCAGUGCCAAUGAGAAGGAAAGACGUGUUACAUAGAAAUGAAUGGAGACCACCAACGGGAGCCCAGGAGCCCAUGUUCAUAAAGAUGAUAGAAAGGCCCAAACUUGCUGCGGUGUGUGGACGUUAUGAUUAUUAUUACGCCCAACUUGACUUGCUGAGGAAGAGAGCUCAUGAGCCAAGUUAUCAAUGUGUUCCUCAAACAGAGAGCGGAACUGAGGAUUCUAAUCAGGCGGGAUGGCAUAGUCCACCGCCAGAUCUAUGGCCUUCUGAGUACCUUCAGAGGAAAUUUGAAGCUCACCAAUAUAAGUUGAAAGUGGAAAAGCAAUUGGGUCUUCGUCCAUCUUCUGCUGAGCCAAAUCGCAACCAGAGACAAGAGCUAAGAAGGAACGGAGAAGAACCUAGAUUCCAGGAGCUACAGUUUAGGAAAAACAAAAUGAAGGAACAGGAAUAUUGGAAGCAGCUGGAGGAAAUACGCCAGCAGUACCACAAUGACAUGAAGGAAAUUAGACAGAAGAUGGGGAGAGGACCAGAGGAGAACUCAAAAGUAAGUCAAAAAACCUACUUGGUGAAGAAGAGUAACCUGCCCAUCCACCAAGAUGCACCUGAGGAAGAAGCACCUGUGCAGGACAUUGAAAGGGACUUGAAAAAAAUGAACCUUCAUAACAUAACAGAAAAUAAAAUUCCAGACCAGAAAUAUAAGAGAGGAGUAAAGUUUGAAAUCAAUUUAGGCAAAUGUAUUUCUGAUGAAGAUACCCUCCAUGAGGAAGAGGUAACAGAUAUACUAAACGAAACUUUGACCUUUGAGGAUGGCAUGAAAUUUGAGGAAUAUAAAUGUAUAAAGGAGCAUGAAGAUUAUACAGAUAAAGCAUUUGAAAAGCUCUGUUGCCCAGAAGCAGGGCUUUUCAUUCAGGAUGCUGCUGCUGCUGCAGAAAACAGGAGACAGUGGGAUGCCAGAGUGCCUCAGACUCUGCUGCAAAUGAUGGCCACAGCCGACGUCUCCUCCACCUGCUCCCCGGUGCCUGACGAUGGCCAAGUUAUCGUGAUUGGAAGUGUUAGAGAAAAUAGGAAACAGUGGCAACAUGAAGCACCGGGAGCUUUCAUGAGUGUCUUGGCAGCAGCACAUCUAACAAGCAGCUCAUUUUCUGCCAGCGAAGGAGAAUUUGCAGCUGGCGUUAUGAAACAAUGCCUUCCUAAAGAAGAUGAAGGGAAGGUAGAAAUGACCUCUGAUAUCGAAGCAGAUGAGGAACAACUAGAAUCAAGAUCUGAUGAUGAUACAAAUUUUGAAGGAUCUGAAGAUGAGUUGAGAGAUGAAGUAAUAGGCUCCUUAGAAAAACUUGCUACUUCCACUGAGGAAGAAGAAAGAAAAGAGGUGUCUGUUCCUUCUAAGGAUUCUGAAAAGUUAGUAGAAAGAGAGGGGAUAAAACCAUUAAAAUCCAAAGAAUUAAGUGAAAGUUUGGAGAAUAUUUCCACUUUAUCUUAUGACCAAAUCUGUAUUACUGAUGAAGAUCAAGGAAUAACAACAACCAGUUAA